AUGUUAGCAGACAGGCACAUGCCGAAGACAGUCGACGAAUGUCAAACUCAGCCUACUUCUUUGUGUCUAGAUACUCUUUACUUUUCUUGUGAUUCAAUCACAGCACAUAUUAAAGAAGAGAACGAAAGAGAUUUUCCUGAUUUAAAAGCUUGUGAUGGAAAUAAUCGUGACUUGACGUUGAAUACAAACUUUUCUUCAUUCCUUUUCUCUUUUUAA